AUGUCGCACUUUGGUGCCGAGACAAUUUUUGCGAACGACUCAGUGAAGGUGGAAGCUGCAACAACAUUCCUGGCGAGUUCUAGUAUCAUCCAAUGCACUGCAAACAACUCGGAAGGAUCUACCACAAUAAAAGCAUAUGCUGUCAUCAAUCCUUACAGCGCACCAGAAUACAUCCAGCUCGUCCAUGUGUCGAUGUACGGCAUUUCGGGUGCCUUAAUAUUCACAUUCAUCGUGUGGUUUGUAGCCCUGAGCUGCAGGAAAACAAGCGAACCACAGUGGGUCGAAAUGCACGAUCUACACAAUAACGAGAUCUUCAGCGUGCCGCCGGAAUUCGAGUAUCCCAUGAAAAACAUUAUCAUGGGUAAGAAAAUAGCUGAAGGCACGUUUGGAGAGAUCCUGCUGGCGAAGGCUAGGAACAUCCUUUGCAACGACCGCCUAACGGAAGUGGCAGUCAAAAAGCUUAAAGCAACCGCAAGUGAAGUCGAUCUGCAAGCAAUGAUUUCUGAGGCGCACGUUAUGUUUCAAAUGGGACAACAUCUGAACUUGGUGAACUUCUUAGGAGUGGUUACCCAAGGAAUAACUAAUAAUGAGUUCCUGAUCGUCCUGGAAUACUGCCGCCAUGGUAGCCUGCAUCAGUAUCUGAACAAGUACAGGAAUAAAUUCGUCGAUUGCUGGGAGGAUCUUCAACAUCCUUGGGUAAGGUCGGUGAGAAAUGUGUUUAAAACAAUCGAUCUGGUAAGCUGGGCCGCUCAGGUUGCCAACGGGAUGGCCCACCUGGCAUCACUUAGCAUCGUUCACGGGGACCUUUCGACUCGCCAUGUGCUAUUACAUGAUGGAAAUGUGGUAAAGAUCAGUGAUUUUACACUGGCUCGCAAAGUUCGCCACGCGAUCGACUUCUCUCGGCCAACGUCGGCAGACAUCAACAUGCUGAGCCUGGAGCGUGAUGCAGAGCAGACGUUCAGUGUUAGCUCCGAUAUUUGGGCGUUCGGGGUGUAUCUGUGGGACUUGUUUACCCUUGGGGCACCGCCAGCCUUGGAAUCGACGGAGAACUAUUACAUGAGCGAAAAACCGGCUCACGCCAACGAAGAAAUGUACGGGAUUAUUAAGCAGUGCUGGGAGCGGAGCCCGGCGAUGACACCAACGUUCGACGAGCUGGCCGUGCACCUGAACUCGAUGCUGCCAUUGGAGCUGCAAAGCGUAUGUUUUAUCAAUGGUCAGUUCUAUUUUCGUACCAGCUGA